UCCCGCCGGCACUCCACCAACAACCGACCACGCCUCCACUCAGCCACAGUUUUCAAUUGGUCCGUGGCUCUCACCCCAGGGCAGGGCACUUCCAGAGACUGGUUUCCCAUUGGUUCACCGGAAGAAGCUAGGCGGGGAAACCCGCGACGCUUGGUUGCAACACCUAUUGGCUAAUGCUCCAGCCAAUCGGAAAGGGCCACCAGAAUGAGCGCUCUGAUUGGCUGGACGGAGGGAAACACUACCUCCCUAGGGAACCGGCGCUCAGGGCUGGAGGAGUCCGGGAGUCUCUCGGGCUUCUGCGCUGAGGUGCGGCGGCGACAGCAGGAUUCCCAGGAGCCAUGUUGUCGGAGGUCUUGAUGGUGUCUGCGCCAGGGAAAGUCAUCCUUCAUGGAGAGCAUGCUGUGGUCCAUGGCAAGGUAGCACUGGCUGUGGCCUUGAACUUGCGAACAUUUCUCCGCCUUCAACCCCAUAGCAAUGGGAAAGUUGGCCUCAGUUUACCAAACAUUGGUGUCAAGCGGGACUGGGAUGUGGCCAGGUUUCAGCUGCUGGACACGAGCUUUUUGGAGCAAGAUGACAUCACAGCACCCAUCCCAGAGCAAGUGGAGAAGCUAAAGGAGGUGGCAGACUUCCCUGAGGACUGUGCCAUCAACGAGCGCCUGGCUGUGCUGGCUUUCCUUUACUUGUACCUGUCCAUCUGCCGGAAGCAGAGAACCCUGCCAAGCCUGGACAUCAUGGUGUGGUCAGAGCUGCCCACUGGGGCAGGCUUGGGCUCCAGUGCUGCCUACUCGGUCUGUUUGGCAGCUGCCCUGCUGACCGCAUGUGAGGAGAUCCCCAACCCUCUGAGGGACGGUGAUGGCAUCAGCAGGUGGACCGAGAAGGAUUUGGAGUUAAUUAACAAGUGGGCCUUCCGGGGGGAGAGGGUGAUUCACGGGAACCCCUCCGGAGUGGACAAUGCUGUCAGCACCUGGGGAGGAGCGCUCCGAUACCAAAAAGGACAGAUAUCAUCUUUAAAGAGGCCCCCGGCUUUGAAGAUCUUGCUGACCAACACCAAAGUGCCUCGCAGCACCAAGGCACUCGUGGCCAGUGUCAGGAACAGGCUGAUCAAGUUCCCAGAGAUCGUGGCCCCCCUCCUCACCUCAAUAGAUGCCAUUGCCCUGGAGUGCGAGCGGGUGCUGGGAGAGAUGGCGGUUGACCCGGCCCUGGAGCAGUACCUCGUGCUGGAAAUUUUGGAUCAGAAUGUGACAGGUGUCUGGAACCUGCCUCAGAAGCGUGACACCUGGUGCUCAGGCGCAGAGCGAGGCCCCCAGAAGUUUUUGCUUACAUCCAGCCCACUGGGCUGCCACUGGGCCAUCACGCCUGUCUGGUCGUUUGUCAAAAAUACUGGGGCAUGUGAGGCAGGGUGGCAGGGGAGGCUGACCCAACUCUACCAGCUUGGCCGUCCCUGGGGCAGGAGAGCCAGGUGGUCCUCGCCAGAGAUAUCUCAAGUAAUUGGCAGCCCUCACAGGCACUCAUAGGACCGGGGAGCCAAGCAGCACACUGUUGAACUGUACUCUGCAAACCCACUGCUCUCCCCAGAAGUGGGUGGGAGGUGGGACGCUGAGAACACUUGGAGAUGGUGUGGCUGGGAGCUGGCUUGUCCCCUUACUGGCUCAGUGAUCUUCAGCAAAUCACUUUUCUCUCUGAGCACCAGUUUCCGUCUUUGUAAAAUGAGGCCGAUGGUAACGUAGCCAUAAAAUACUAAUAGCAGCCUGUGGUUGCAGAGCACUUACCUUGUGCCAGGCGUUGUACAAAAGACUUGCCUCGUUUUGACUUCACGGCAAUGAGGGAGAUACUCCUACAAUCCCUGUUUUACAAGGGGAGAGACCAAGGCUUGAGGAGAAGGGCCUGGCCCAAGGACACCAGGCCAAGAAGUGACAGAGCUGGGACGUAAACUCAGGCCUGCUUGACCCCAGGUCCAUGUUCUUAACUUCCCGAUGUCAGGGACUGUGAAUAGGCUUAUUUUUAUAGACCGAACAUCUAGCAUGGUGCCUGGCACAUGAAAGGCAUUUGGCAAACACUGAAGGAGUAAAUGAAAUGUGAAUAGAAGAUACUUGGGCAGUGGUAACUAUUAGUUUUAUUAUUUCACCAGCCCGCAUCUCACUUGAUCCUGGGGAGAAUAGAAAUUUUAUUACACAUAAUCGAAGGAACCAAGACAAGCUUUUAGCUACUUCUCCCACUCAUGAGCUUGCUGGGACUGCAACCCAGUACUUAGUUUGAAAAUCAGUCCCUGAGGCAGCUGUAGGAGGGCACAUGAUUUGAGAUGUUUUUUCCUUUGCAAAUGACAGAAAUCUAGCCCAACCAAGUUUUAGCAGAAAGGGCAUUUGUACACUCAUAGCUGAGAAGACCAGGGAUUAGUGGCUUCAGGCAUAGCUGGAUCCAGGGACUGAAAUGAUUUGGUUGGGAAUUAUUCUCCAUCUUCCAUGUAAUCUCCAACCAUGUGGCAGGGAGGGUGACCCUGGCAGCCUAUGUCUGAAGUCAACUAGUUUUAGCAGUCCCAGGGGAAAGAGGCAAAGAAAACUCUGGGAGGGUCCUGAUUGGCCCAGCUUGGGCCACUUGCCCACCCCUGACCAAUCACCAUGCCCAGAGGGAGGGCUUCUGUGGCCAGGCCCGAGACGUGCUCACCACCGUGGUGGAGGGUGGGUUUAGCUCCACUCGAGCCCCCCGUGGGGGAUCCUGCAGGGUAAAGAGGUUCUUUUACCAAUGGAGGGGGAAUGGCAGGUGGUCAUAGCUAUUCAGUGACCCAAACCAGAGGCUGUCCAGGUGGACAGGGACCUGUGCGUGGGCCCAGGACUUCAGCCUCAGGCAGUCCAAGCAGGAACUGAGCCUUUUCAUCUAGGAGCUCAUCGACAUGAACCAGCACCAUCUGAACGCCCUCGGUGUGGGCCACGCCUCGCUGGACCGGCUGUGCCAGGUGACCAUGGCCCACGGACUGCACAGCAAGCUCACUGGAG